AUGGCCAACACUCUUCAACGUACCCUCCGUGUGGUCGUCGCAGCUCUUCUAUUGACCUCCACCCACAGCAUCUCGUACACUAUCGAUGCUACUCAAGCCGACGAAUCCACUGCUACCUCGCCUUGGACUGGACAGGUGAAGCUGUACAAGGAUACAAACUUCCGUUCGUUGUUGAUCACACUGAAAUUUAACACUGCGAAUUUGUGUUUCAACCUGGCUUGCGGCGAUAUCGACGAUGCCGUUUCUUCAGCGACAUGGAAAGGAUUGCCACUGCAGGCUUACUUUAGCGGCGGCACAACGUCACUACUGAUGUUCUACCGAGGAAUCGACUGUGCGGGUGUCAGCCAAGGGUGGCCAACAUCGACUGAAAAGGCCGCAGAUUUCGGCGCGGUUGGGAUAAACGACGCGGCUUCGUCUUUCAUGUUUCUGCAGAAUUAUACGGGAGUGCACAACGGAAUUCAAAGCAUCUGCGACUAUAAGUUAGUAGUCAACGCCUGA